AUGAAAUCCAACAGAAAGACCCAGAUCGCCAUCUUUUCCAAUGGUUACAACGCCUCAAGUGCCGCUGCGUCGGAUCCUAGGGCCAGACCCGCGGCGCAUACGGCAGCAGGAAAACAUGACAGACACCUGCCAAAGCAGACCGAGAGCCAAAAAAAGGAGCGCGUUUUGGCCGCGGUCCCAGAGAGAGGUUUACCCAGCCCGAAACACGACAACAUGUCGGAUCGCCCAUCACACGUCGAAAAGGGCUCACCCUGGAAGCACUAUCAGGCCGAGUUCGAGCUCAACGAUCUCGGGGGUACUCUGACAGUGGCGUCAAGACAUCGAAAACUGUUCCACAUCAGGGAACUGGUCCGCACGGAGUCAAAAGAAGUCCUGGAAAAGCUGAGAGUGCUUCGCCACCCAAAUGUUGUCGAGUUCAUCCAGG